AUUUGGAAUCUUGGCAUUAUUGAUACUUUAUUUUUCAUUAACAUGUAAAACAGCAUUGUUGGCUACUCUAGUUAGAGUAUUUGUUAAAAAUACAAGAAACAUGAGUUGUUUUGUUGAUGUAUGCAUGAGGACUGGACUCUACAACUCUGUGGUCUGUUCAUUUGUGGGUAACAUUGUAUAUAAUGGACAAGUUAUAUUUAGGAAUAUAUACAAAACUGCACAUAUGCAUCUAACAAUAAUUAAUGAAAAAGAGGCCACAGAUGUGAAGGAGAGCAAGGAAGAGUAUCUGGGGGAGUUUGGAGUGAGGAAACAGAAGACAUAAAUAAUUUAAUUAUAUUAGAGUCUGAAAAAUUAAAGAAAUAAUGAAAAAAAUAAAAACUAUGAGAUGUGCAGAAAUAUAAGCUACCACCAUUAUGUGGAUAAAUGAGUGCAGGCAAUUUUGAAAGCGUGACUGUGGGGCUCUGCAAUUCCAGGUCUUAUUUCUCUUUACCGCCUUCUGUUUCAGAAAACUGUGAGUGGUACUGCUGGGCAACUUCUAGUGACAACAACUCAUUCCUUUUCCUGGGACACUUUGUUCAGAAGACCAGCACACAUCCAAUUCACUGAGAUAUAACCCCAAACUGACAGAGUUCUUCUAGAGGGGACUUCAUUAGUCUCACCAAGACUGACAGUUGAACAUCACAUACCAAGAGUGACAUCUGGUUAACAAUGUCAGUAACAACAGCAACCUGAAGGUUGGAUCUCCUUCUGUGUUGGAAGUGGGGGCAAGAAUGGAAGAGUGAUCAUCCAAGGUUAUAUCUGCUCUGGGAUCUCCUGAAUGUCACUUGAAGGCCCCUGUGUCUGCUUCAGAGAACUCCUGUUGAAUGACAAAGACGCUAACAACAGUCUUUGCCCAAGACGGGUCUGGAACUUAACGGGGUUCCCAUGACCCCUGCGUUUGCUUCCAGUCAGCAAUGAAAGGGUUAUCGGGUAGCCGCAGCCACCACCACGGGAUCACCUGCGAGUCGGCCUGUGACUCCCUGUCACACCACUCGGACCACAAGCCCUACCUGCUGAGCCCCGUGGACCACCACCCCGCGGACCACCCCUACUACACGCAGCGGAAUUCCUUCCAGGCCGAGUGCGUGGGGCCCUUCAGUGACCCGCUGGCCAGCAGCACCUUCCCACGCAGGCACUACACCUCGCAGCAGGAGCUGAAGGACGAGGGUGCCCUGGUGCCACGCACCCUGGCCACCAAGGCGAACCGCAUCCCCGCCAACCUGCUGGAUCAGUUUGAAAGGCAGCUGCCGCUCAGCCGGGAUGGCUACCACACGCUGCAGUACAAGCGCACCGCCGUGGAGCAUCGCAGCGACAGCCCGGGCCGCAUCCGACACCUGGUCCACUCGGUCCAGAAGCUCUUCACCAAGUCGCACUCCCUGGAGGGGCCGUCCAAAGGCAGCGUCAAUGGGGGCAAGGCCAGCCCCGACGAGUCACAAACUGUGAGAUACGGCAAACGCAGCAAGAGCAAAGAGAGGCGUUCCGAGUCCAAGGCCAGAUCCAGUGCCUCCAACGCCUCCCCCACCUCCCCCAGCUGGUGGAGCUCAGAUGACAACCUGGACGGCGACAUGUGCCUCUACCACACGCCCUCGGGUGUGAUGACCAUGGGCAGGUGCCCUGACCGCUCGGCUUCGCAGUACUUCAUGGAAGCCUACAACACCAUCAGCGAGCAGGCGGUGAAGGCCUCCCGGAGUAACAAUGACAUCAAGUGCUCCACCUGCGCUAACCUGCCGGUCACUCUGGAUGCCCCGCUUCUGAAGAAGAGUGCCUGGUCCUCCACUCUCACCGUGAGCAGAGCCCGAGAGGUUUACCAGAAAGCCUCCGUGAACAUGGAUCAGGCCAUGGUGAAGUCCGAGGCAUGUCAACAGGAGCGGUCCUGCCAGUACCUACAGGUUCCCCAAGAUGAAUGGACAGGGUACACGCCUCGCGGAAAAGAUGACGAGAUUCCGUGCCGAAGGAUGCGAAGUGGCAGCUACAUCAAGGCCAUGGCCGAUGAGGACAGCGGGGACUCAGACACGAGCCCCAAGCCUUCUCCCAAGGUGGCUGCAAGAAGAGAAAGCUAUCUCAGGGCUACACAGCCCUCCCUUACAGAGCUCACCACACUCAAGAUCUCCAAUGAACACUCACCCAAACUCCAGAUCCGUAGUCACAGUUACCUGAGGGCAGUAAGCGAAGUCUCCAUCAACAGAAGCCUGGACAGCCUUGACCCUGCAGGCUUGCUCACGUCACCAAAGUUCCGCUCCAGAAAUGAGAGCUACAUGAGAGCCAUGAGCACCAUAAGCCAGGUGAGCGAGAUGGAGGUGAACGGGCAGUUCGAAUCCGUGUGUGAGUCCGUGUUCAGCGAACUGGAGUCGCAGGCCGUGGAAGCUCUGGACCUGCCCAUGCCUGGCUGCUUCCGCAUGCGCAGCCACAGCUACGUGCGGGCCAUCGAGAAGGGCUGCUCCCAGGACGACGAGUGCGUGUCGCUGAGGUCGUCCUCCCCUCCACGCACAACCACCACGGUGAGGACCAUCCAGAGCAGCACCGGUGAGUGAGCUAGCUGGGAGCCCCAGCCUGGGCGCAGCUGCGCACCAGCCAGCUUGUCCAGGUUUUUGGGUGGCUUUGCUGUGGUCGCAUGGUUGACAGUCACAAAUGCCAUCUGUGUCCCUCACAGAAAGACAGUUUCCUUACUUGACCCGACCCACGCAUCCCGUCAUGCUCGCAUGCUCCUCCCUCCAUCACCAUGCUAAAAAUCCACAAGGACAGCUACAGCUACGGUCAGGGGGGAGACAGCCCAGCAUAGUCCUGUUGGUACGCCCUACUCAGGCGCUCAAUAGACAAUGAGACUAACUAAAAACACCUGCUUCUUGGAUUCAGCCAGAGUCCUUUUUAUUCUAAGGUGGCCGUGGUGUGACUCUCCCAGGAGACCUAAAACACCCUGUUAAAAUUUAAAAAGAAAAAGAAGAAAAACGGACAGACUAGCAACAUUGACUAGGCAUUUAUGAGUUUUAUUACAACCACCACAACAACAAAGAUUUAUUUCAUUGGUUUAAAUCGCGCCAUAUAUAAACAGUUCCUACCUCUAAACUAUGAAUUUUUUUUACAGAGAAACUGUAUUUUUAUGGGCAGAUUUUAGGAGCAGAGGCAUGGGAAAGCUAGACUAGUUUCCGUGGAGCUAGAACGUGCCUCGCGCGCUGUGUGACUAAACAAUUGA